CAUCAGCACGUGGUUUGGGUACAGAAGGUAUUGGACGACUCAGACUUUUCGCGGAAGCUUAUUGAUUCGAAGAGCGUAUCUGUUAAUUACGGAGUUGUCUUCAGAUUUCCGUUUCUGUAACGUUCGCUUAGUCCGCUCGCUUUUUAAUCAAAUGAUUUAAACUUCUGGGAAAUAUUAUUACUAAGUGUUAAAUACUUCUCUCAUGGAAAAGGUUUAUAAGCUUCAAUCAUUUUUACUUUAGAUAAAAAUGUUCUAAAUGUAAACAAAAUUUAAACUGAUUAUUUAUAUCUGCUUUAAGUAAACGCGUAAGUUUUCAAUUAUGGCGACUGUUUCUUUAGAAGCAUUUCUUGUGCAUUUGAUUCACAAAGUUGAACAAUCGCGAUGCGAAAUCAACAAAAAGAAAACUAUGAUAGCCGAAUUAAGAACUUUGGAAUUUUGGAGAGCCAUUAUUGCUGAAUGUUUGGCGACUUUUAUGUAUGUUUUCUUAGUCUGUGGCUCACACGUAAUGUGGCCUCUAUAUUCCAUUAACACUCUCACAAAAUCAUUCACUACUGGACUAGCAAUGGCAACUGCGGCUCAGUGCUUUGGUCAUAUAUCUGGAGCUCAUGUGAAUCCAGCUUUUACUUUCGCUAUGGUGGUAAUACAAAAAAUUACACCACUGAGAGCUUUUCUUUAUAUAACUGCUCAAUGUGGUGGAGCUAUUGCUGGAGCUGCUUUGCUUUAUGGGGUAACAGUGCCUGGUAUGGGACACAGAGAAAAUCUAGGCUGUACAGUAAUAAGCGAAUCCUUAACAUCAUGGCAGGGCAUGGGAUUGGAAUUAGUCUUAACAUUUAUAGUAGCUUUCACAAUGUGUUCUACGGCUGAUCCUAAUCGAAAAACUCUUGGAAGUGAUGCCUUGGCAGUAGGAUUCGCUUAUUUAGUGUGCACACUAAUUGCGUUACCAGCCACUGGUGCUUCUAUGAAUCCUGCACGUUCUUUGGGACCAGCAUUUGUAAUGAAUACAUGGACAAACCACUGGGUAUAUUGGCUAGGGCCAGGUAUAGGAGGACUAUUAGCUGGAUUAAUAUACGAAUACAUAUUCGAAUCUUCUAAGAAGAUAAUGCCAAUUUAUAAAGAAAGAGUUGAUUCUGAAAGAGAUAUUUCCGAAGCUAAAGAUGACAGCGACAGCAAAUCUUCUACAGCUUUGUCAACACGAACGCAGAUACCUCCGAUACCUUUACAGCAUCCGCCUUCAGCAAAGGGUCCAUACUACAGGCCUUUAACGCCUCAUGAGGCAACCACAACGCUUAGACCACAUACUCGGAAUGCUUACACAUCAACAGCAACAUCGAAAUAUGUGCCUAGUCCAAGUACUUCUCAUCAACAGCUUCACAAUUCUGGGUACUACAAUUCGCUGCCUAGGGGUGCCGGUACUUAUAGGUCAUGGAAUGAAUACGGCAACUCUUCUCAAUUCAAAUUUUGAUUCGAAAUCUCAGUUUAAUGAAUAAAUGUGAAGAAUUUACUUAUAAAGAAUUUUCAAUAUUAAAAGAAAUUGUUUUGAGGUUAUGAAUGGGAGAUGUCCUUAUAUGGAAGCGGAUUUAAAAUAUUGCCAUAGAUUGACUGUUGAUUGGUGAAAAAUGCAUAAACUAAUUCAUAAAAAUACUAUAGAAUGUCAGAUGGUGAUGAUGCAUUAUGAAUAUCGUGAUUCUUUAAAAUAUCUAUAUUUAUUCAUUCGCAUUCUAGAAAGAUGUUUUAUUCCAAGUCUAUGUAUAUACAUUCCACGGGCUUAAGUCAUUAGAAAUUUUUUUAGAAUAUUUUUCAUUUUUUUUAAAAAAAAAAUCUGAAGUCCUGGUUAAACGAAUGAAGUUUCAAUUUUAUAUUUAAAAAUAAUUUUAUGUGGUUCUAUAUUGUAUGCUUUUACUAGUAAUUCAAAAAUAGAUGUUUCCAUAAAAAAUUUUCUCAAUAGCA